AUGGCGGAGCUGUGGCGGCAGAGGGCGGCCUCGAAGGCAUCUGGCCUUCACCACACUGACCCAGUCACCGUGGCCAGCGCUGUGCAGGCGCGCCUGCGGGCCGGGGACUUCGAGGGCGCGGAGAAGUACUUCGAGGACGAGUUUGGGAGGCACGCCCAGUUCCCCAUUCGACGGGAUGCGAUGAUCAUUCUCACCAGCUUUAUCGAGGCGUUCGCCAGGGCAGGGAACUUGGAGCGCGCAGAGGCUGCGUUUGAGAGGAUCGAGAGCUUGAACGCGCGACCCAACAUCAGAACUUUCAACGCCAUACUCAAGGCGACCUGUGCGACCGGGGACCACAGAAAGGCAAGCCACUACUACAGAAAGGCAGUGGCUCUUGGUAUUGAGCCAGAUUCGUACUCGUACAACUCUUUGAUCAUGUCGUGCGCGAAGGCAACCUAUGCGGAGGGUGCCCUACAGUGGCUGGACACAAUGGCAGCGCAGAGUGUGGAGCCGCACCUCCUGGGGUACGACCAUGCCAUCAGCGCUUGUUCUCGAAGCGACCCCGAUCGCUUCGAGAUGACCUGGCAGCUGCUUGACCGAGCCAUCCAGCUGGGUCUGCGACCGAGCUUGGGCACGUACAAGGUGGUCUUCCGAUGCUGCCUGAGGUGCGGAGACGUGGCUAGGAAGCCUGCAGAAGGGCUCUUCAGGAGCAUGGUCGCAAGCCGAGUCGAGCCAGACGGAGCUGUGCGGUGGAAUUUCACUAAGAAUCUCGACGCGGAGUUAUGA